UGCUAACAGUAUUUAAAAAAGAGGAAAAAAUAAUUCAAUGGGUCACAGCACACACAGUAAAAUGGUCCAAUUUGAAAAAAAGAGAAAACAAAUUGCAGUUUUUGGUGGGAAUUCCGGUCUGCAAAGAAGUUAAUCAUCCCUAACCCACCGUCUCACGUCUGCUUCAUUUCUGGAAAAAUGCCAUUUCUAGGGUCCUUUUCUCCUUCUCCCUUCUCUCAUCUCUUAUCUCUCUCUCUCUUUCUCUCUCUCUCUCUCUCUCACACACACACACACACUAACAAAGAACAAGACCAUUGUAGAUAGCUUUUUUCAUCAGCUUAAUCACCAUUAGUAGGCUUAGACAAAGAAAGAAAGCGAUAUAAAUAAAAGGGGCUACCCCUUUAGCUUUAAGUUUGAUUUCAUAUCAUAUAUUACUACAACCAUUUUUAUUGUUUUGGAUGAAGGAGACUUAGAAGGGAUUCUUUGGAAGUCGUGUUAGCUUUCUGGAAUUCACCGGAAAAUAGCAAAAAAAAGAAAAAAAAAUAUCCCACAACACCCAGGUUUGUGUUUUGCAUCAAUCUUUUCAACAAGAAAAAUAAGAAAAAGAAGAAAGAAAUAAAGGGAAUCUAGCCUUCCAUCAAUCCACAACCCCAGCCAAAACUCAGCCCUUUUUUUUUCAUGUUUUCUUUAUCAUUAAAUUUUUUUGCACAGUGUUUGUUUCAUAUCCAUGCAUAUUUUUGGCACAGUUUCAAAGGUUUUCCUAUUUUUUGGAUGUGAUGUCAAAAGGGGAAUUCUUUUUCUUGGCUUGCUUCUGCGAAAGUUGCGUAUGGAACUCUGAGUUCACAAGAUGAUGUAGAUCUGCUCAGGAAAAUGUUAAAUUUUAUGAUCUUUUUCACAUGACUUGAGAGGGAUUUUUCAUUUUUUUGUUCUGUUUUGUCACCUGGGCUUUCCCCCCCAAAGAUGUGAUUUUUGCAUCAUGAUUUAUAGCUUGAGCUUGUAUAAAGUUCUUACAUCAAUAAGUUUCUUUCUACUUUUUUUUUCCUUAUACGUUCAAGCAAGCUGGUCUUAGAUCCCUAAUUAUCAAAAUCUUUCUGGGUUCAGAAAGAUCUUUUGCUUUUGCUUCUUCAACUUAAUUUCUACAUUCUUUUUGGGGCUUCUGAAAUAAGUUAUUUUUCCCUCUUGAAUCUAGUGAAGAGUUAUCAAAAUGGAGGAUCGGAAAAUGGGAAGAGGAAAGAUUGAGAUCAAGAGGAUCGAAAACAACACGAAUCGGCAGGUGACAUUUUGCAAAAGGAGGAAUGGAUUGUUGAAGAAAGCCUAUGAACUCUCAGUUCUCUGUGAAGCUGAGGUUGCGCUCAUUGUUUUCUCUAGCCGUGGCCGCGUCUAUGAGUAUUCCAACAGCAACAUAAAUAAUACUAUAGAUCGGUACAAGAAGGCAACUUCAGAUGCUGCAAGUACAUACACUACUCAAGAGAUCAAUACUCAAUUUUACCAGCAAGAAUCAAAGAAGCUGCGCCAGCAGAUACAAAUGAUUCAGAAUACCAAUAGACAUCUAGUGGGAGAUGGUUUGAGCUCCCUAAAUGUGAAGGAGCUUAAGCAGCUGGAGAACAGGCUUGAGAGAGGCAUUUCAAGAAUUAGGUCCAAAAAGCAUGAGAUGAUUCUUGCUGAAAUUGAAGCUCUACAGAAAAGGGAAAUCCAGCUGGAACAAGAAAAUGCUUGUCUCAGAGGAAAGAUCACCGAAAAUGACAGGCUCCAGCAGCUAAGCAUGGUGCCUCCUGGACAAGAUCAUUACAACGAAAUGCAUGCUUACUUUGCUCGCAACUUACUGCAGCUCAACAUGAUUGAGGGUGUCCCUGUCUUUUCGCCCAACGUCGACAAGAAAUCGCUUCAACUUGGGUUGGAUCUACUAGGAUGAUUUCUACACCUUAGAAAGAUGGCAGCUGCCAUUUUCAUCAUAUUUAUCUUGGUGAAAUCAGGAGGGUACUCAAUUUAUUUGUUCAUCAAGUAUAAUAAUAAUAAGAAUGUAUUAGUGUGCUUUUCAUUUUAAUUUUUGAAAAACCAUUUGAAUCAUUAUCUACUAUUGUGUGGCUGAAGUGGCAAAGUGUGAACAAUUAUGUUGAAGAAACCAUCUCUUUAGCAAGCAUAAUACUAUUCAUAAUUAUGUCCAUGAUUUUCUACAAAUGUGAUAACUAGCAAAUCUGAUCUCUCAAACUCGUACCUAGCUAUCCCUCCUGUUCUUUGGUACAGUUUAUCUGUUCAUCAAAUAAUGUAUGAAGACAUUUUUAAAUGUAAAAAACAUUGACAUGAAAAUAUAUAACCUCGUUGGAUAUAAG